AUGGCCACCACCACAAUCCUCCUCUCCACAGCCACCCAAGCAAUCCGCCCUGUGGGCAAAGUAGGCAAAGUGGCUACCAUGGCUGAGUGGUGCAAUAACACGGACACCCCUGACCUCUGCAACUCCAUUAUGAAGAACACCAAAUUCGGAACCUGCGAACAGGCAACUCGAUCGGCCAUUAAUGGCACAAUGGUAGAAAUCAACGGGGGAAUCGCAAAGAUUGAAACCCUUGUUGAGACUACUGAAGGACAAAUCAAGAGCUUACUAGAGGGUUGCAAGGAACAGUAUAACUUCGCCAUUGAUGACCUUAACAAUGCACUGAACCAGAUCCAGGUUGAUCAGUCUGAGUUGAUGAAUAGCCUUUCUGCUGUGGAGUCCUACGUUCAAACUUGUGCCGAUGGCUUUAGCGACUUUAGCAUGACCAACCCUAUUGGCCAUGUCAAUGGCCUCCUGGAUCAGCUGAGCAGCGUCAACUUGGCCUUGGCAACCAAUUUACCAGCAUUAGAAGAUUAA